AUGUCAAGUACUCCAAUAACAACCACCACCACAACUCAAGUAAAUCUUCAUGAAUUACUGGAAAUCACUACUAAACCUCAUUCAUUUAAACAAAAUCCCAACCGUAAACAACAAUCAAAUAGGAGAUAUAAACCAAGUAGACAAUUAAUUUCUGAUGAAUUAAAAUAUUUACAAUCUAAACAAUCAAAUUUAAAAUUUGAUACUCCAACUUAUAAUUCAAUAAUGUCACCACCAAGUUUAAAACCAACAAUGAAAUAUUGUGAUAUAACGGGAUUACCAACAAAUUAUAAAUGUCCUUCUAAUCAAUUAAGAUUUUAUAAUUCAGAAAUUUAUCAAGAAGUUAUUAAAAAUAUGCCUGCUGGUGUAGAUCAAGAAUAUUUACAAUUAAGAGGUGCCAACGUGAUAUUAAAAUAA